UCAAAUUUUCAGGAAAGAGCCUGGCUACUUCAGGAAACCAGUUUGCGAUUAUUUUCAACUACUGAAGUUUAGCAGUCAUUGAGAUUGGAUUUGAAUCAGACUGGAGUGUAGUCUCUAACUAUCCAGCCAGUAAAGGUGCAGCAUAACCGCAAAGCUGUGUCCAUAUAGGUUGACCUGCUUUGCCAUAGUCUAGGAGUGGUGAACAUCUUGCAUUGAGCAAGUCACGGGUGGAAACGUAUACAUUCAUUUUUCAGAAUUACAUUUUAUGAGAUUCAUACAACUUUGUUAUCAUCAUUAUUAACUGCAAACAACAGAGAACCCCUUUGUAUCAUCCAUAGACUGCCAUCAUAUCACUGUGCACAGUUGUACAUAGAAAAAAGAACCAGCUUUUCCUGUUGAAAACAUAUGUGAUUAUUUUCCACAUCCUACAUCCAUAAAGUCUAUAGCUGCACCUCCUAUUCGGGCCAUGUCCCAUCUGAUGAACAAUGACAACUUAUUUAGCUCCAAGCAAGAGCUUCUGGUCCUACAGGACAGUCCAUUGGGACCCAGUCCAGACAUUACCAGCCCGGUAGAGUCCCAGGUCUCUGGUUCAGCCAGCCUGUCUGGAGAUGCCCACAUUGUGUACCACAAGACAGACAAACUAGUGUCUGAGCCCAUAGAGCCGCCCCUCAGGGUGAAGUUUGUACCCACGACCCCUGAGAAUCUUUGUGGAUGGGGAGUACUGACCCCACGGUUUAUCCAGACCUUCAAUACCCCUCACUGGGUUCUCUUCUUCCUCUGUGUGGCCUCCUUCCUCCAGGGCAUGAUCAUCAAUGGCUUCAUCAACACUGUCAUCACCUCCAUCGAGAGACGUUUUGACCUGCGCAGCUACCAGGCGGGACUUAUCGCAAGCUCCUACGACAUUGCUGCUUGUGUUUGUUUGACAUUUGUAAGCUACUUUGGUGGUACUGGCCAUAAGCCUCGAUGGCUGGGCUGGGGUGUGCUGAUCAUGGCACUGGGGUCACUGGUCUUUGCCCUGCCCCAUUUCACAACACCAUACUAUCAACCGAGAGUACCGGAGCACAUGGGACUGUGCUCGGUCAAUAACACAGAAACGUGUGUCAGCGAGGAAGGAGGGCUCUCAGCUUAUCGCUACGUCUUCAUGCUGGGACAGUCUCUACAUGGGGUAGGGGCAACCCCUUUGUACACACUCGGAGUCACCUAUCUUGAUGAAAAUGUCAAGUCAAACCAUGCACCUGUAUAUAUAGGGAUCUUCUACACGGCUGCAAUUGUAGGACCUGCAGCCGGAUACUUGUUGGGUGGAUUCUUUCUGAACAUUUACACAGAGAUUGACCAAACGACAGAGCUGACUCCAGAGAACCCACUAUGGGUUGGGGCUUGGUGGAUUGGUUUUCUGGCCGGAGGGGCAGCAGCUCUACUUAUUGCUCUGCCUAUUCUGGGUUACCCACGCCAGUUACCAGGCUCUCAGCGAUAUGUGGCUAUGCGUGUCACAGAGGUCCACCAGCUGAAGGAUGGCAGUCAGGUGACAGCGUCUGAUCCUCAGUUUGGAAAAAAAAUUAAGGACAUGCCAAGGUCUAUGCUGCUUCUCUUGAAGAACCCUCCCUUUAUUUUUUUGUGUCUUGCUGGAGCCACAGAGGCCACACUCAUAGCUGGGAUGUCCACAUUUGGCCCCAAAUUUUUGGAAUCCCAGUUUAGCCUGAGUGCUUCCGAGGCAGCAACUUGGUUCGGGUAUAUGGUGGUGCCAGCAGGUGGUGGUGGGACCUUCCUGGGAGGCUACAUUGUAAAGAAGCUAAACCUCCGCUGUCGUGGGAUCAUCCGUUUCUGCAUGGUGUGUGCGCUGGCCAGUCUGCUGGCCAUCUUCAUCUUUCUGCUGCACUGUCCUAAUGUGCCCAUGGCAGGAGUGACUGCUCCCUACUACAGCAACUUACCACACAAUAACUACAGUGCUUCCUACCUGCAGACAGACAGCCAGGGCCACAACAGCAGUCUGUCAGAGCUUGGCAACCUGACUGUGAGCUGUAACGUUGGAUGUCACUGUGUUAAGGAGCUGUUUAACCCUGUGUGUGGUGCAGAUGGAGUGAUGUAUUUCUCUCCCUGCCAUGCCGGCUGCAGGUCCAUCAACCACACAUACAGCCCCAGUGGUAGACAAGUGUUCUCUGGCUGUAGCUGUAUAAUCGGGAAUGUAUCAUGGGGAGAGGAGGGAUUUGCUGCAGAAGGGAAGUGUGUGUCAUCCUGCAAUCACAUGCCAACCUUCCUCACCUUUCUUUUCAUCAUCAUCUUCUUCACUUUCCUCUGCAGCAUUCCUGCACUCACUGCCACGCUCAGGUGUGUUCCUGACAGUCAAAGAUCGUUUGGACUUGGAAUCCAGUGGAUUGUAGUUAGGACACUAGGUGGGAUCCCUGGACCCAUAGCAUUCGGUUCAGUGAUUGACAUAUCCUGUCUGUUGUGGGAGGAGCAGUGUGGGGAAUAUGGCUCCUGUUACCUGUACCAUAACUCCGCUAUGAGCCAGUACUCACUCAUCGCAGGCAUCAUCUAUAAGGUUUUAGGCAUUUUGUUCUUCUUGCUGGCUAGCGUUCUUUACCAGCCACCACCCGAGUCUCCUCAGAGCAGUUGUGAGAGCACAGAUGUGGGAGGGCAUGAACUGCCAAUCAAAGACCUUUCCCCCGAGAUCAUCUCCAACCCACAUGCCAAGUUAUGACACCAGACUGCUAAUUCACCGACACCUCAUUUCAAAAUGUGUGUGUAUACGUUUAUGUGUGUGAAUAAGGUCAGAAAACUGCAUAAAAGCUUAAUAAACAGAACCUACCAAAUGCAGACAGAAUAUUAAUUUGAGAACACAUAAUGGGUUUAUUUAUGUUAUUAUCAUUAUUAGAUAGGAAAUUGAAUUUAUUUUUUAAUGUAAGGAAAAUCCAUAGGUAAUAUAAAAAAAGAGCACUUAACAUAAAUAUAAUUAACAGAGAGAAAUACAAUAAAACCAUAUACCUAUUAAAAGUAUUAAACUAUCUUAAAAUUUUAUUAAGAUUGAAACAAAUGUUGCUCAGUUACACGUAAAGAAAUGCUGAUAAUUAGUUACAAACUGUGCCUUUAAAGAGUAUAGCACCAGCUAGCACAGUUAGAUAAAGAGACUACAGAUCAAGAAAAUAUUUAUUAUAAGAAUCCUGGUCACCAAAUUUACAAAUCCUCAAUCUCUCUAAAAUGCACUUUAAAAUAAAUACACAGCAUCUUAAAUAUGUACAGCAGUGAACUGUGUGCCAUUAAGAAGUUCUAGUUCACAUUCUGCCAGCAUGUGUUAUUCUUGUAUUUAAUUUCAUACAUUUUGAAUAUUAUUCACAUUUUAUCUUAAAAUGUGCCAAAAUACUGUAGCUCAGGACUGAGCAGGAUAUAAAAGCUUUAUGAUAUGAGAUCACAUUGAGAUGCAAAUGAGAGAGGAAGAGGGAGUUUUCAAAUUAAUAUUUUGUAAUUCUACAGGAUGGCAUGUUGAGUCCGAUAUUGCUUGGUGAAAGAAGCAUUUAAUGUCAUGGUGUCUAAAAGAUACUCAUCUGCAUUCUUUUAGAAAAAAAGAGCACAGAAAUGUGAUGCUUAAUAGAAACGACUCUUGAUUGUUAAAGGUACAGUUCACCCAAAAUAAGUUCUGUCAUUAUUCACUCACUCCUAUGUUCUUCCAAUCAUCUUUACCUCUUCCUUGGAACACAAGAGAAAUAUUGAAGAAUUUUGACACAUCUAAUUAUUUCAUACAUAAAAUUGCCUGUUGAGUCUGUCAAACCCCAAUAUUCUGCCUAACAUUUAUUUGUAUGUUCCAUUGAAGAAAUUUAAAUCGUUUUGGAACAAGAUGGGGGUAAAUUAUGACAGAAUUUUUAUUUUUGGCUGAACUAUAUGUUUAAUGAAAUAGCAGAGCAUUUACGCCUGUUCUAUUGAAGUCUGUAGCAGGGUUUUGUCAGGUUUUACCUGUCUGAAAAAAUAUUUUUUGCUGCUUUUUACAUUUCCCUGAAGUGAAAUAUUUCUGAUUAAAUUACUUUGAUGACAAACAAUGAUUGAAAAACAUGCACUUGAAAACUGAAGAUUUUCACAAUGAAAUUGGACAUGCAACAAUGAAAGACUAACGUGAUGUUAAAUUGUAUUUUAAUUUGUGUUGGUUCAUAUGUGAAAGAAAUAUGUAACAUGUCUCCUAAAUUAACUGUUUUGACCCAAAAAUGACUUUGUGAGUUGGCCUGUUAUUGUAUUUAUUAAGAUUUCUGACCACUGUGUUUCUAAUCACAAUGUAAUUAGUUUUGAUACUUUCUUUAAAUUUUUUUUACAAGUUUCAAUAAAAGCUGUGAGUAACAUCCCAUUUGAUGGUACCACUAGAUGUCACUGGUGGUUCAGUGCUGUAAAUUAAAAGAAAAGAAUGUUUCACAA